GUUGGGAAUUAUUAUUAUGGCCAAGGACAUCCCAUGAAACCCCACAGGAUCCGCAUGACCCACAACCUCCUGCUCAACUAUGGGCUCUACAGGAAGAUGGAGAUUUAUCGUCCUCACAAGGCCAACGCAGAGGAGAUGACCAAGUACCACAGCGAUGAUUACAUCAAAUUCCUGAGGUCCAUCCGCCCUGACAACAUGUCUGAGUACAGCAAGCAGAUGCAGAGAUUUAAUGUUGGGGAGGACUGCCCUGUGUUUGAUGGGCUCUUUGAGUUCUGUCAGCUCUCUGCUGGAGGCUCUGUUGCCAGUGCUGUGAAGCUGAACAAGCAGCAGACAGACAUUGCAGUGAACUGGGCAGGGGGGCUCCACCACGCCAAAAAAUCAGAAGCUUCUGGAUUCUGCUACGUCAACGACAUCGUCCUGGCCAUCCUGGAGCUCCUCAAGUACCACCAGCGAGUGCUGUACAUUGACAUUGACAUCCACCACGGGGAUGGGGUGGAGGAGGCUUUUUACACCACAGACAGGGUCAUGACCGUGUCCUUCCACAAAUAUGGAGAAUAUUUCCCAGGAACUGGGGACCUAAGGGACAUCGGGGCAGGCAAAGGGAAAUACUACGCUGUGAAUUACCCGCUGCGGGACGGCAUCGACGACGAGUCCUACGAGGCCAUUUUCAAACCUGUGAUCUCCAAAGUGAUGGAGACGUUCCAGCCCAGCGCUGUUGUCCUGCAGUGUGGCUCUGAUUCCCUGUCUGGGGACAGGCUGGGCUGCUUCAACCUCACCAUCAAAGGCCAUGCCAAGUGUGUGGAGUUUGUGAAGAGCUUUAACCUGCCCAUGCUGAUGCUGGGAGGAGGGGGGUACACGAUCCGAAACGUGGCUCGCUGCUGGACCUACGAGACUGCCGUGGCCCUGGACACUGAGAUCCCCAAUGAACUUCCAUACAACGACUACUUUGAGUACUUUGGGCCAGACUUCAAGCUCCACAUCAGCCCCUCCAACAUGACCAACCAGAACACCAACGAAUACCUGGAGAAAAUCAAGCAGAGACUCUUUGAGAACCUGAGGAUGCUCCCCCACGCUCCUGGGGUGCAGAUGCAGCCGAUUCCUGAGGAUGCUGUGCAGGAGGACAGUGGGGAUGAGGAGGAGGAUGAUCCUGAAAAACGCAUUUCUGUCCGAAAUUCCAACAAGAGGAUAUCCUGUGAUGAGGAAUUCUCAGAUUCUGAGGACGAGGGCGAGGGGGGGCGCAAAAACGUCGCCAACUUCAAGAAAGCCAAACGUGUGAAAGCAGAGGAGGAGAAGGAGGAGGAGGAGAAGAAAGAGGAGAAGGAAGAGGAAAAAGCAAAAGAGGAAAAAGCAGCAGCAGCAGCAGCAGCAGAACCCAAAGGGGUGAAGGAAGAGACAAAAUCCACCUGAGUGGCUGCAGCUGUUGUCGUAGGUUUAGCUCCUGGGUUUCCUCCUCCCCACAGGAUUUCUAUUUUAUAUAUGUUUUCUGUAUAUAUUUCUAUAUAAUUGUAUAAAAUGACUGGAGAACUGUAAAUUAUUCCUUGCUGCACUCCACUGGGAGCAGGCAGGGGGAGGAUUCUGCUGAGCAGCCCAGGUUUGGUGACCAGGGGAGUUUCACUCUUUGCCUUCCACUGCCCCUCCUUGGUGUGGCUCUAAAAAAAAACACAAAAAUCACUUCCUCCCCUCUGAAAUAACCUUGGAAAAAAAUAAUUUAAGUAGAAGUAGUGUCUGCAUUUCAGGUUAGGUGGAAAGAUGGCCAUCAUUUCUUGGUUUUCCUCGAUUUUUUUUCUUUUUUUGGGGGUGUUGUUUUUAAUGGGAGAAUUCCCAAAGAGACCUUUGUGCUCUGCACUUGGAUUCCAC